CUGGAAUCACCAAUCUCGCACCGAGUGGGAAAACAUAGCCGAGUCCACCGCUUGUUGAUCGAACCCUUGCACGUAAAUGGGCAAGAGGUUGUGUGUCAAGCCGCCGGAUGCCUUCGGCACAACUCAAGGGGACGGCCACGACUUGCGGGGGAAGCGCACCACGCUGCCACCCCAUGAGUUUCAUACGUGGAACUACAUCCAAGAUCCGCGCAACGACCUUCAUCCAGAGCUAGAGCUCGGCCUCCAGAGCACCCGCACGACUAAAUUUACCUCUGGCUUCUACCGGCGGUCGCGCACGGCCAUCGCGCCCGACCGAGACCGACUCGCCCGACAAGCCGAGAAAGACAGAGCCAGCACCAGCAACGCCACCCGCCGCCACGAGCGCCUCACUAGUUUGAACUCGUCCUACGACUACAACAUCGUCACAGGGUCAGCAGGGGCGAUUCCCAAAGUACUCAAGUUGCCGCCCUGUCGAAAGUUCCUGGGCGGCGACACGAGCCAGUUUCUCCAACACGAGGGGGUUAUCCAGUUGCGUGAAUCCGCCAACCGGUUCUACAGCCAGUGGCCAAACAACCCUGGUCGCACCGACAACUUGACGCGAGAGGGGUUGUACGGGCAAAAGCAGUCGUCUGCCAUUGGCAUUGGCCGCCAUGAAAUCAAAUCGUACGGCGCCGCGGAUGCACUCAACAAGUCACUGUACAAGCAAUGUGUGGAGCACAGCAACACGGCCAUCCAACUCGAGUACACCCACGUCAAGCCCCCGCCCCCCGUUGUGCACAAAGUUGCUCCAGAACGACCCCAUCACGCCUCUCCACAUCGCCCCAAACCCACACCGCCGUCGUGGCUUCCCCCUGUGCACUCGUCUUUGCAACACCAGCACGACGCAGACUCUGUCCGCGCCUUAAGAUAAUCCCUUCAAGAGCUCGUUGUUUGCACCUCUGUACA